AUGGCUGAAAAAGAAGGCUCCGCAGUGCCACCCCAAGCAAAAGGCUCAUGGUCGAGCUUCCUCAAGUCGAUCGCAUCCUUCAAUGGCGACCUCUCUACCAUGACGGCGCCUGCCUUUAUCCUCUCCACAAAGUCCCUCACCGAAUUCUCGUCAUACUGGACUGAACACCCCUCAGUCUUCGUCGCACCUGCUGCCGAAAAGGAUCCCGCCAAACGGGCUAUGCUAGUGCUGAAGUGGUUCCUGAGCACAUUGAAGCAGCAGUAUGCGAGUCGGUCAGAAAAGUUGGGCAGUGAGAAGAAGCCACUCAACCCCUUCUUGGGCGAGCUCUUCUUGGGCAAGUGGGAGGACCAGGCAGGCACAACUCACCUCGUCAGCGAGCAAGUCAGUCAUCAUCCACCAGUCACGGCUUACUCCAUCUGGAACGACCAACACGGCGUUCGACUAGAAGGUUACAAUGCGCAAAAAGCGUCGUUCAAGACCACCAUCAACGUCAAACAAAUCGGACACGCCAUGCUCCACCUCGAUGCCUACAAUGAAAGCUACCUCAUCACCCUCCCUGCCCUCCACAUCGAAGGCCUCAUUACCGGUUCCCCUUACGUCGAGCUCAACAGCAGCACCUACAUCCAGUCCUCUACGGGCUACACCGCGCGCAUCGACUACAGCGGCAAAGGCUGGGUCUCCGGCAAGAAGAAUUCAUUCACUGCAGUCCUCUACCCCGAGGGCAAAGAGAAGGAAGCCAUCUACAAAGCCGACGGUCAAUGGACCGACUCGUUCCAAAUCAAGGAUGCCAAGACAAAGGCGGUGGUCGAUACCUUCGAUCACAAGGCUGUCAAGACGACGCCCCUUACUGUUGCAGCGAUUGAGGAACAGGAUGAUUUUGAAACAAGACGUGCGUGGAAGAAAGUGUCGGAUGCCAUUAACAACGGCAACAUGGACCUCACGUCGUCGGAAAAGACCAUUAUUGAGACGCGCCAGCGUGAGAUGCGACAGCAGGAGAAGGACGCAGGCAAGGAGUGGGAGCGCAAGUUCUUCUCGCGUGCGCCCCAGUAUCCGCUCUUUGAGCAGCUGGCUAAGAAGAUUGGCGAGGGUAUUAAUGACAGUCAGACAAAUGGUGUUUGGAGCUUCGAUAAGCAGAAGGCGGACGCUGCUAAGUCGCCAUUCCACCCUGAUGUUGUGCCGCCGAUUUACGAGAGGAAGUGA